GUUUGGUGCAAAUCAUGAACAUUGUAGAAUACUUCCUCGUUCCACUGCUGAUCGGCUCAGUUGCCAAAGUCGCCACAGAUCCGCUGCUGGUAGAGCUGCUCAAUGGGAAGCUACGUGGCCGCGAUAACGAGGGUUAUUACAGCUACGAGUCGAUACCGUAUGCAGAGCCACCUCUUGGUCAGCUACGAUUCGAGCCACCCCAGCCAUACGCUCGCCGGUGGGACAGUGUAUUUAAUGCAACCACGCCUCCCGCCUACUGCAUGCAAUGGAGUCAGGCUGUCGAGGGUGCAGAUAAGCUAGUGGGCGUCGAGGACUGUCUAACUGUGAGCGUGUACAAGCCAAAGAACUCGAGCCGCAGUUCGUUUCCGGUUAUAGCGAACAUUCAUGGCGGCAUCUUCAUGUUUGGUGCACCCGUUGAGCAGAGUCACGAACCGAUUAUGGCCAGAGGCAAUAUGAUUGUGGUGACUAUUGCAUAUCGACUGGGUCCGAUGGGUUUCCUGAGCACAGGCGACGCCUCAUUGUCGGGAAACUUUGGACUCAAGGAUCAGCGCUUGGCGCUGCGCUGGAUCAAGCAAAACAUUGCUCGCUUUGGUGGAGAGCCAGAGAAUAUUCUAGUGCUUGGUCACUCAGCCGGCGGUGCUUCGGUACACCUACAGUUGCUGCAGGAGGACUUCAGCCAGUUGGCAAAGGUCGCUGUGUCACUCAGUGGAAAUGCCCUGGACCCCUGGGUGGUGCAGCAAGGAGCGCAUCGGCGCACCUUCGAAAUGGGACGCAUUGUGGGAUGCGGCCUGCUCGAAGACUCGCUGGAGCUGAAAAAGUGCCUACAGUCCAAGAAUGCCUCGGAGAUAGUCAGAGCUGUGCGUCGGUACUUCCUCGUCGACUAUGUGCCGGUUAAUCCGUUUGGGCCGGUAGUAGAGCCAGUCGAUGCUCCAGAGCCUUUUCUCACUCAGUAUCCCAUUGACAUCAUAAAGAGUGGAAAAUUUGCCCAAGUUCCAUGGCUCGUGUCUCAUACAAAGGAAGAUGGUGGCUACAACGCAGCUGCUCUCCUGAUUAAGCAGCCCAAUGGAAGGGAGCUGAUCCACCAACUCAAUAAUCGCUGGUACGAAUUAGCACCCCACUUCCUCUUCUAUCGCAACUCUAUGAAGACUAUUGACGAAAUGGACGACUACUCCCGCGAUCUGCGACAGCGGUACCUGGGCAAUCAGAAGUUCAGCGUGGAGAACUACCUGCUGGUACAGCGAUUAUUCACGGACAUGUUCUUCAUAAACGAAACUCUACGAACCAUAGAUCUGCAGCGGCAGCAUAGAGGGAGUCCCAUUUACUACUACGUCUACGAUAAUCCAGCUGAACGAGGCAUUGCACACCAAUUGUCCAGCCGGGAUGAUAUUCAUUUUGGCACAGUACAUGGGGAUGAUUACGCUCUGAUGUUCGACAAGACAAUUAGUCGACCCAGAGCUGAUAAGAAGAUCAUUUCCAAUCAUUUUCUAAGCAUGCUGGAGGGCUUUGCCUACAGUGACACUGGCGCUUUGACCUAUGACAAUUGCGAUUUUCCCAACAAUAUUGGCCAGAAGCAGCUGCACUAUGUUUUGAUUAGGAACAACAGCUGCGAGGCACUAGAAAUAACGCCGAUAUAGGCAAUUAUAUAACUGCGAUUCAUUGAAAA